AUGGAGCUGCUGCCCUCGCUGCUGUCCAGACUGAAGACAGUCGAUUCCAGGACUGUGGAUCAGGAGUACAGUUAUGCUGUUAUCACUGUUGGAGGCGACACAGUCGUGGGUGUACAGGGUGUAGAUGGGACUGAGGACGCAACCCUGUGGAACGCCAGUAUGGUGCGUUCACGGUCUUUGGGGUAUAAGAAAGAGCUGGGCUUGACCUCUGAGGCUGGAGCUCUGAAGGAAAACAUCAAGAAGAACAGAUAUAAAGACAUCCUGCCAUAUGACCAGUCUCGGGUGGAGCUCUCUCUGCCGACCACGGACUCCAACUCUGAUUACAUCAACGCCAGCUUCAUCAAGGGGGCGACAGGAGACUGCAAAUACAUUGGCUGUCAGGGGCCCCUCAGCUCCACUGUGACUGAUUUCUGGAGGAUGAUCUGGCAGUACAACGUCAAGGUGAUAGUCAUGGCCUGCAGAGAGAUAGAGAUGGGAAAGAGAAAGUGUGAGUGUUACUGGGCUGCAGCUCAGCAGUCGGCUUCAUUUGGACCGUUUACUGUCAGCAACCAGGAGGAGACACAUCCCAAUGAAGAUAUAGUGGUGAGAAAUCUGACCGUCACAUUCCAGCAGGCCAGCCGGUCAGUGAUUCAGUAUCAGUUCCUUUCAUGGCCGGAUCAUGACGUUCCCUACGAGACUGCUGGAGUCCUGGACAUGCUGGAGAGAGCCAGGAGCAGCCGUGGAGCCAACUGUGGGAGGACAGGAGUCAUCUGUGCACUAGACUACAUCCAUGACCUGCUGGUUACCAAGAAGAUCACACCAGAGUUCAGCAUCCUGAACAUCGUCCUGGAGCUCAGGAGGCAGAGACCCUCAACAGUGCAAACUAAAGAUCAGUUCCAGUUCAUCUACACAGCUGCCAUCUCUAUGUUUGAACAAUUCCUGCAGACAUCUAAGGAGCAGGUCUACAGCAGCCUACAGACAAAGAAAACCACAACAGCUGCAUCUUCCAGCAAAAGAUUAUCACAGCAGGUUGUCAUGAAUGAUACGUACGCUGUGGUCAGCAAGCCCAAACACGCCCAUCCACCCCCAUCGGCUCCCACCUACUCAGCUGUACCCCUGUCCAGAUCCAAUCCUGGAAGCAGGACAAUGCCCACCUCCCAUCACUAUGACAACGACCCCAAGAGUGUGUCAGCUGCUCCCAUCUACAGCACCGUCAAACCCCGAGCUAAACAGCAGAGCCUGCCACCCUCAGUGACACCCAUCUAUGACAUAGCAUCACCGACCGGUCAAAAGCCUGGGGAGGGCUCAGACUAUCAGCUGGUUGCAGGUAAGAAGAGGGUGGUGAAGGAGGGGCGGGCGAGUGCUGUUUGGGAUUUAAGGGGACGUGAAGACUUGAAAUGUAAGGCAAGGCAAGUUUAUUUAUAUAGCACAAUUCAACAACAAGGUGAUUCAAAGUGCUUUACAGAGACAUUAAAAAACAAAUAAAAAGCAUG